AUCGUGGCCUCUAAUAAUUAAAAUUCGAAGAGUGAUACGACAUUAAGGAAUGUGGCUAACUUUAUCGGGUGCCUCGUUGAUAUUUGUAAAGUCGUAAGCAAAGGAUGUUUGGAUUUAAGAAAUGUUGGCAAGGUUUUGAACGAGUUCGGAGAAAACACAGCAAGCGGAGAAGUAUGAACACAGACGGAGAUGCAAAAGUGUUUGAUUAAAUGCCCCACAGAAGUUAAUUAUAAUACUUCAGUUUCCCAGCACGCAUUUGCUCUUGAAAUAUAAAGAUGUGGCCUCAGCCGUUGUUUAAAGCCAGAAGGAGAUUUGUUGUGUCCUUUUUCAGUUGCUGUUACCAGCAUAUUCUGAUUCACAAGCGCAACCUUGUCAAUGUAAAGCUCAAGUGGGUCAAAGACCCUGUACUGGACUCUGUAGUCUCUAGAACUAUACAACUCAAAGCCACUUCUACCCUUGUGUCGAUUAUAGGCUCACAACCUGAUUAUUCUCUCCCAAUCUAUGGCCUUUCCAAACAUCGUGGCCAUCUUGGCUUACCUCAAGAUCUUAAACUCUCAACUUUCCUCCGUUACUAUCCAAAUAUUUUCCAAGAAUUCUAUCUCCCAGAUUCUAGAGGUACCCCAGUACCGUGGUAUAAAUUAACCUCCGAGGCCUUGAAGAUAUAUGAUGACGAAAAGCAUUGUGUUCUAGAAGAGUGUUAUAUGGAUAUUCUUAAUACGCUGCGAAAGUUGCUUAUGCUCACCAAAGAAAGAUUACUUCCUCUCCAAACUAUUGACCAGUUAAGUUGGGACUUGGGUUUACCAUAUGAUUACAAGAAUAAAAUGGUUGCAAAGCAUCCAGAGUUGUUCACUUUUGUGAAACUCCCUGAUGAGCGAAUGGGAAUGAAACUAUUAGUUUGGGAUGAUAGUUUGUCAGUCUCC